GAAAUACCGCGUACAACUUGUAGGUUCUGCCCGAUAGUAAAUUAUUUUUUUAUUCCUGGAUUAUUAAUUCUAUCUUGAUCGUUUCUACUGAGUACGGAUGUUCAGAGGCUGGUAAAUCUUUCGAAGGUAACAAUGGGACAAAACUUUUGCAUGAAAGAGGUAUAAAAGCUCCGAAGAUGAUGAAGGAUAUGUUUUAUUCUUUGUGUGAAGCUGUUGGGAUGGAGGAGAAAAAGAUAAGGAAACUGCAAUCGAUCGGGUUUAUACACUCGGGUCUGAUGAUGUUAUUACUUAGAUUGGAUUCCCCUGCUAGCUAUACAUGUCGAAUAACUCGAACACAAAUGUUGGAAAUCCCCUCUCAAAUAAUUCAAUUCGGCUCAAAGGUACUUCCUAUAAUUGUGUUGGCAUGGAAAGCGAAGAUGAUUGUUAAGGGUACAAUUGAAUUUGGCAUAUUUGGAGGAUGAAAAAAAUAUAGACGAUCAGCUUCAAAAUUUACAAAAUAGUUGUGAAUUUUCUCCUCCACAGAUAAAAUUAAAUCAAGCGAUUGCUUUCGAUUCCCUGAGUUCAAAGAACAAGACUAGAAAAAGGAUUACUUAGAACUCUAAUAACAAGUCUAAAAGAAAUUCUAAGAGAUAGUCUCUUACUUUAAUCACUAGGCUAUUGCAUAAAUUUCAAUAUAGUAUUGGUUAAUGGGCCUCAUAAUCAUAUACUGCUACUCCGAAGCACUUUGAUCUUUUUACAUUACAGUUAAUUCGUUUCUUAUCAAAUUCUUCAUUACAAGAUUUACCCUAAUAAUGUAUUAGUUUAGC